AUGAAGUUCUACUACGAAGUCAUCACAACCCCGACGGCCGACACCCCUGGCACGGUCAUCGGGCUUCACUUCCCCGACAAGCGAUACUUGUUCGGUCAGCUUGCAGAAGGGACACAACGCGCAUGCACGGAGCGCGCUCAUAAGCUGACCUCCAUUAGCGACAUCUUCGUGACGGGUCGGACAGAAUGGGCCAACACGGGAGGCAUGAUUGGUGUCAUCUUGACUCAGGCGGAUGCGCUGAAAUCGUCAAAUGAUGCAUUGGAGGAGGAGAACAAGAAGAAAGCGGAGCGGCGAGCCGCAGGCAAGCCAGCAAAGAAUGACAAUCAGCAGCCUUUUGGUACUACAGCGCCAGAUGUUCCUGGAGAACUGAAGAAACACGUUGUGACCGUUCAUGGAAGUACAAAUCUGAUACAUACGAUGGCCACGGCUCGUCGCUUUGUUUUCCGGACGGGUAUGCCGAUCUCCAUGAGGGAAUAUGAUUCAGUGACCAUGGCGAAGCAGAUCCCUGUGGAUAAAGCGGACCCCUUUGAAACGCCUAGCUUCGUCGACUCAAAUAUCAAAGUCUGGGCUCUACCCAUCAAACCUCAAGUUUCCGAGCUGCCAAAGGUGACGCGAUCGCAGAGCCCGCGGAAGCGAAGUCUGGAUGAGUUUCAGGAGACGGAGGCGCAGCUGGAUCAGCACAAGAAUACCCAAUUGCUGAGACAAUCUAUCGUUUCAGAUAUGUUCGAUUCCGACUGGAAGAUGGAUGCACUCAUUGAGACCCCCUUGGCGGAGGUAAAGAUGCCUGCGGCCCUGUUCGUACGCAACUCGGAGACUAAGGAUCUGGAGCCGUACAAGGGCCCUGCUCCUGGUGAUAACAAGCCCUUGCCUAACAUCAAGGUGCUUGUUCGGAAGCCUUGGCCUGGAGCCAUGAUCACCUCCCUACCUCCCACGUCUCCGUCCAAAGAAGCGGUCUCUUAUAUCAUUCGCAACCAUGAUAUCCGAGGCAAGUUUGACCCUGCCAAGGCCACGCAGUUGGGAAUUCCGAAGGGUCCGGACUUCGCUCGAUUGGCGAAUGGAGCAAGCGUUCAGACCCCGGAGGGCAACACUGUCACUCCGGAUAUGGUCCUAGGCGCGCCCCGGUCUGGUAAAGGUUUUGCCAUUAUAGACUUGCCAUCGUCCGACUAUGUUGAAGAUCUGGUCAACCGGCCGGAGUGGAACUCUCCUUCCGUGACAACUGAGCUCAAAGCUUUUGUCUGGAUUCUUGGACCUGGUGUGGGUGCCCAUCCCAAACUUCGGGAGUUUGUUGCUCGUAUGUCCCACUGCAAGCACACUGUGUCCAGCGUCGAUUAUUGCCCCAACUACUUGGCAUUUAGCAGCGCCGCAGAGGCUGCUAUCCGACUUGCUCGUCUGAGGGGCGAGAACUACCCAAUUCCCGUCCACGACAAUGUGACUAUUCCACAAGCUCAGAGUGGAACUCAGCCGGGGAGUAUCUCGCUGCACGACGCACCUUUCGAGCCUGUGGAUCCCGGACUCAUCGUCGACAUGGAGCCACAAUUCAAGAUUAACAAGGACGAGGUCAUGACUCGCUUGAACACUGCCCAGACGAUUUUCCAAAUUCCACGCUCUGUCGAGCGCCGGAUGGAGGUCAUUCGUACCCGUGUUAAAAAGCCAGCUUUCCAGGAGCGGCUGGCUAACAUCCGCAAGGACUUGCCCGGCGCAGAUGCUGAGAUUUUUGCACUCGGUACAGGGUCAUCUGCCCCUUCCAAGUACCGCAAUGUCUCGGCGACACUGCUCCACGCUCCUGUAUAUGGUUACUACCUUUUGGAUUGCGGUGAGAACACACUCGGUCAGAUGAAUCGGAUCUUCGGCUAUGAAAAAACGCGCGAGAUAUUGCAGAACCUCCGCAUGAUUUGGAUUAGCCACCUGCACGCCGAUCACCAUCUAGGUACAGCGUCUGUUAUCAGAGCCUGGUACCAGGAGAACUAUGGGGCUGAGUCUAAGCCGGCAGAGCCAGAACACGACCUGAAAAAGAUCCUUCAGGAGAAGCGCCUGGCUGUGGUAUCUGAUGAGAUGAUGAUUGCCUGGUUGGAGGAGUAUGCCGCUGUCGAGAACUAUGGCUUUGACAAGCUGAUUCCUCUCUGCGCCCACCCCGACCAGUCCGGUCCGUCCAUCACCACCAAGUUCAGCUACCGACACAGCCGCAGCGGCAACGCCCCCUAUGGGCUCCAAACGCCGGGCAGAACCAUUCUUAAUUUCAAAGACGACUCCUCUCCUCUUACGGCGCUCCUAAAGUCUGCUACCGGUCUGGAUGAUAUUCUCACUACUCGCGUGAGGCACUGCAAGGGUUCUCUCGCCUUGUCCAUUGUUUUCCCCGAUGGGUUCAAGGUCUCCUAUUCGGGCGACUGCAGACCUUCGGACAAGUUCGCCUCCAUCGGUCGCGGCUCGACCGUACUCAUUCACGAGGCCACCUUUCAAAAUGACAUGGUCGGCUCUGCUCUCGCAAAGCGUCACUCCACCGCCGCCGAAGCAAUCGAAAUCGGUCGCCGCAUGGGGGCCCGCUCUAUUCUUCUGACGCACUUCAGUCAACGGUACCAGAAGAUGGCCUACGUCGACCACGAUGCGGGCACAAACAAGCACGACGCUAUGAGUUCAUCUAGUGCUACGAAAGACGUGACGGCAGCAGCCAAGGAGCCAAAUAACCCCGACAUCCCCUUCGAUGACCCCGAGGACCAGCCAGCAACCCCCCAGUCCGCCGCUGCCCUACUCGACGACAUCCACUUCCCCCAGCCAGGUCGACCGGGACUUCCGCGCCGUGAUCUCAUACCAGGCGUGACCGCGCCUAUCGCCGCAGCGAUGGACUACAUGCGCAUCACGGUGCGCGACCUGGCUCUGGCACAGGCGUAUGCCCCCGCGCUGGAGAGACUCGUCGAUCUAAUGGAAAGAGACACCAUGAUUCAGGCCGAGGUGACCAAAAAGGCGAUUCGCGAGGCGGAAGAGGCUCGCAAAUCGAAGAAGAACAAGAAGUUCGCGGGUAAGAAAGCUGCUGCCGGCGCGGCUGCAAUCGCUGCGGUCGCUGCUGAGGCUGAGGAGAAGAAAGAACCUGAGCCUGAACUGCCGGUGCACUCAGUGUGGAGUGCCAGUGAGAGUGAGAGUGGCUGGGAAACGAGUGACUAUGAGGAGUAA